AUGCUCCAGCCAACCCCCAGCACCAUGCUCCAGCCAACCCCCAGCACUAUGCUCCUGCCAACCCCAGCACCAUGCUUCUGCCAACCCCAGCACCAUGCUUCUGCCAACCCCCAGCCCCAUGCUCCAGCCAACCCCCAGCACCAUGCUCCUGCCAACCCCAGCACCAUGCUCCAGCCAACCACAGCACCAUGCUCCAGCCAACCCCAGCACCAUGCUCCUGCCAACCCCCAGCACCAUGCUCCAGCCAACCCCAGCACCAUGCUCCUGCCAACCCCCAGCACCAUGCUCCUGCCAACCCCAGCACCACGCUCCAGCCAACCCCAGCACCAUGCUCCAGCCAACCCCCAGCACCAUGCUCCUGCCAACCCCCAGCAUCAUGCUCCAGCCAACCCCGAGCACCAUGCUCCCAGCCAACCCCCAGCACCAUGCUCCAGCCAACCCCCAGCAUCAUGCUCCAGCCAACCCCAGCACCAUGCUCCCAGCCAACCCCCAGCAUCAUGCUCCAGCCAACCCCCAGCACCAUGCUCCCAGCCAACCCCCAGCACCAUGCUCCCAGCCAACCCCCAGCAUCAUGCUCCAGCCAACCCCCAGCACCAUGCUCCCAGCCAACCCCAGCAUCAUGCUCCAGCCAACCCCCAGCACCAUGCUCCCAGCCAACCCUCAGCACCAAUGUUUAUCACAAACAGUCGUGGAACAUUUCUGGUACAGUUGUGA